AUGGAGGAGACUUUCAGGCGACUAAACGGCAUCGUUCAUGUGCCUUCAACUGACCCUAUCGAAGAAAAUUCAAAGAAGUUCGCCGUCUCAGCCACAACCUUCGCCGCUGCCUCGAAGAUUACCACCACCAGAAGCAGCACGGCAGCGACAUCAAACAAGAGGUCUCUCAAAGAGAAUGGUAUAUCUGGUGGGACUAUGAAGUACCGCGGAGUCCGCCGGAGGCCUUGGGGGCGUUACGCUGCUGAGAUACGAGACCCGCAGUCCAAGGAGAGGCGAUGGCUUGGCACUUUCGACACGGCUGAAAAGGCUGCUUGCGCUUAUGAUUGUGCUGCUCGUGCUAUGCGGGGGAUCAAGGCUCGAACCAAUUUUGUCUACCCUAUAACCGAACCUCAUUCCACCAACAACGAUGGUCUUCUUCCUCAUCCGUUCAACUUCUCCAAGCAAGCACAGCCAUCCAUCAGGGAUCUUAACAGCAAGCACCAUCAAUGGCCACCCUUUACUAACCCCCAACUGGGAGAAUUCUCUGUGGGCUCUGCGCCUCAAAGAAACGCUUCUUUGGACAUGCUUUUAUUACGCGACCUCUUAAACUCACCUUCAAAUUCAUCUUUUCCGGCGUGUCCUCCGUGUCUGGUUAACAAUUUUCCAUUGAUCAAUGGAACAUCAUCUGCUGCUGCUUCUUUCUCCAUUCUGCCAAGUUCUACUUCGUUGAUUCCCCCAACAAGCGACAACGAUAUCACUGGUUCUUUCAUCGGCUCUACUAUGACUCUUCCUCACAAGGAAAAGAAUUCAAGUCACACAACGGCUGUGGCGCCACCGUCUGCUGCCAUGGAAAACCCUCAAGCUAAUGACAUGGAGUUCUUCAUACACGAGUCUUCUGAUUCAGGCUUGUUGCAAGAGAUAAUUCAAGGAUUCUUACCAAAGCGCACAUCAAAAAAAUCAGUUACUGAUUGUACUCAAGAUUCCAUUGUUCCACCAGCAACUCAUAUGUCAUUAAAUCAAUCCCUGAGUGAGUUGAAGGAGCACAAGAAGAACGAGCAUUUAGACGUUUAUAUAGAUCACCGUCAUGGUGUUCCUCAACAGAUUGAGAGCUUCAAUGGAAUCACAGGUCCUCAAGUGGGGCCAUACUGCAAUGAGAUACCGGCGAACCAUCUUCAGCUGGGUCAAUCUCAAGACUUCAUGUUGGAUAAUAUUUGUCAGUUCCCAGAUUUCUUGGCAGCCUUAGCAGCCAGGGUUCAAAAUGGUUGA